AUGGAUGAACCCCCACCUCCGAACCCCAACAAGGAUCCAGCUCUCCUCUUCGAGGGCAAUUUGUGCAAGUGCUUCUCAUCCAAAACCCUAUCUACUCGUCUGAUAUGUCCCUGUUACUUUCUUUCUCAGAUUUGCACCUUAAAAAGUUACUGAACUAAUCUUUUCUAUACAGGAUCUUUGAUAUUUAGAUCUGUUUUCUUUUUCCUGAUUGUAGCCCAGAGAUCAAGAAGAUGAGAUCUAUGAAUCUUAUGGAUUCAUGUGUUCAAACUUGCUCAAUCUUCUACCGUCCAUACCCAUAUAAAUCCUUCAACUUCAUUGGCCUUAUCUACAAUCCUGCAAUCAAAAAUCCCAAAUUCGAAAAGAAAUCGCUCAAACAAAAGAGGCCCAUUUCUUCAUUCACUGCAUCAGCCAUCAUCACCAAAGAAGAAGAAACAAUUGAGACCCAGAAGGAGCAACCCACCUUCAAUUUCAAGGAAUAUAUGAUUGAAAAGGCCGAUUAUGUGAACAAGGCAUUGGAUGAAGCAGUUUCGGUAAAGAACCCGCCAGAGAUCCACGAAGCAAUGCGGUAUUCUUUGUUGGCAGGUGGCAAGAGGGUGCGCCCGAUGUUAUGUAUCGCCGCCUGUGAGCUGGUGGGAGGCCACAAGUCCGCCGCCAUACCUGCUGCCUGCGCGGUGGAAAUGAUCCAUACUAUGUCACUUAUUCACGAUGAUUUGCCCUGUAUGGAUAACGAUGAUCUUCGCCGUGGAAAGCCAACUAACCAUAAGGUAUUCGGCGAGGAUGUGGCAGUUCUUGCAGGCGAUUCCUUAUUGGCUUUCGCCUUCGAAUUUAUGGUCACUGCCGUCAAUAGGGUCCCACCAAAUCGGGUUCUGGCUGCCGUGGGAGAGUUGGCCAAGGCCAUUGGCACCGAAGGACUGGUGGCAGGGCAAGUUGUGGAUUUAAGCUGUACUGGUAACAAUACAAAUGUUGGAUUGCCUCAAUUAGAAUUCAUUCACAUUCACAAAACUGCUGCUUUAUUAGAAGCAUCAGUUGUUUUGGGGGCAAUUCUUGGGGGUGGAACUGAUGAUCAAGUUGAAAAAUUAAGAAUAUUUGCAAGGAAAAUUGGAUUGUUGUUCCAAGUUGUCGAUGAUAUAUUGGAUGUGACGAAAUCCUCAGAAGAAUUGGGAAAAACUGCAGGAAAAGAUUUGGUGGCCGAUAAGGCAACUUAUCCCAAAUUGUUGGGAUUGGAUCAGGCUAGGGAAUUUGCUGAGAAAUUGAAUGAGGAGGCUAAAGAACAAUUAGCUGAGUUUGAUUCGGACAAGGUGGCUCCAUUGAUUGCUUUGGCUGAUUACAUUGCUUAUAGGCAGAACUAGAAUGAUGCUAAUAAUUCUUGAACUUUCUUGUUUGUUUGUUGUAACAAUAUCCUGAAUCCGAGUUUACAGAGAAUACAGUUUAGUGUUUUGUAACGGUUCAGUGUUCUGUAACAAUUCUUGGAUUUUAGGUGAUGUGCUUGUGUAUAAGGAGGAAUAGCAUUUCAAUUUUUUGGGACAAUGAGCAACAAAACUGCAUUUGCUGUGCAGAUUUUGUGCAAUUUAUAAACUGGGGUUUCGAAAUUUUUAUUUUUUUGUUUGCUCGUUGUAACACUUUACCGAAAUUCAAGUAUAAGAUGGAAUAGCAUUGCAUUGCUCUUUA